CAACAAUCAUUCAGUCCCAACGCUGCUGACAUCCUAGUCUCAAAAUAUAUCUUCAAGAAUUCAUGGAUCGCGAUAUAUCUCAUAUUUUAUCCAUGAAAUCCACUGAGCUCCAGCGCGAUACUUUAUCUGGAUCAAUACUUUCCCUACUUAUCUCCUCCUUGGAACAAAUCAACAUCUCGCGCCAGUCACAAGGGCAAAUCUGCAGCGAUGGAUGAAGGAACUCGACCCCAUCUUCUGGGACCCAUUUAUCCUCUCCCCCGUAACACUAACUUCGUACAGUGUCAUGUCUUAUGGUAUAGUCCCAAUGUUUCGGAAGUCCUGUCGUUGUCAAUAGAACCCCUACCUUCUGGAGACUACGGGUGGUUCUUCCCCAAUGGAGGCUCAAGUAUCCCGUCACUGCGACACCUCCCAGAUAUGUGUUCGUUCACCACCAUGCAGCGCGAAGAUAUCCAAAACGAGAUACCAGGUGCACGGCUCAGCGAUCCUUGUACAUUG